AUGUCAGCCUUGGAUCGUGGCGAGAGCGGCGCCGAACAGCUGGGUACCCCAGUACCGCCUCUACCCCAAAACUCCGAGGAGGGCCGCUCACUGCGCUCCUCGGCCGAGCCCGACGUCUUCACCUUUGACAGCUUACGAGGUGCCACCGUUCUAAACCGCCUCCAGAAUGGGUCACCCCAUCGCAGCAACGGCCAGGGCAGCAACCCCGAGACCCCCACCAACAUCGACUCAUAUCCGUCCAGCUCCCAAGACGAUGCCGCCUCUUCGCGCACUGCCCGCUCCCACAAUGACUCGGUCUUGUCCCCUCACAGCUCAACCCAAUAUCCAGCCUCCUCUGCUCCUCGCGCGAUUAGCUCGCAGAACCCCACCCCAGUUUCCAGCUCCACAUCCUCCCGCGACGACCUCAAUGCAUCCACCGACAGCAACUCAGCCCUCCUCAACGUUGCUCUCCCUGACCGCAAAGCCGUCAAAAAGAAAAAGAAAAAGGUCGUCAUCAAGCAAAAGCCCAUCUCUUUUGAUGGUGAGACCUCAGCUUCCCCUCUGUACUUGACGGCUCAGCCCUACCUCACCCAUUGCCUAGUCCCGAAACCCCCCACCCCCUUUUUUUUUUGCUUGAUGCGUACCUCCUAUCCCCUCAUCCCCCUCCCACCGCUGUGCUGCUGGAUUGCUAUGGCAGAACGGUAUCGCAUGGGCCCCCAACUCGGUAAAGGCGCUUUCAGCGUCGUGAACGAGUGUUUCGAGUAUGAAACGCACAAGCGUCGUGCAGUCAAGAUUGUUUUUAAAGCCACCGAUCAAUUCGAUCGCAAGCAAGUCUUGCGGGAAAUAGACAUUGCCGUCAGAGUGGGAGCGUGUCCCAAUGUUGUGCAGUACUUUACUUAUAUUGAGGAACCUGAUCGAUUUUGUAUCGUCUACGAACACAUGGCUGGUGGUAAUCUAAUGGAAUGCAUUCGUGGCCUCUCCGCUUUUACGGAGCGCCUGGCGAGCAUGGUUAUACGCGACGUUGCUAGCGGCAUCAGCUACCUCCAUCGCAAUGGCAUUGUGCAUCGCGACAUUAAACCCCAAAACAUUCUCUGUCAACAUGAAGGCAAGGUUACCCCUGCUAAAAUUUGUGAUUUCAAUCUCGCCGCCGUCAUCGACUCUUCCAAUGGAAGCAAGCCGCUGAUGACUCCGGUCGGAACUCCAGAGUACAUGUCACCCGAGGUGGCCGACGCCAUUUUUGGCGGAGCCGCUAGCUACGAUUUUCUUUGCGACUGUUGGUCGCUGGGUGUGGUGACUUAUCUCAUUCUUUCGGGCCAGGCCCCUUUUCGAGGUCCCGCCAACUCAAACACGGCAGCUCAACUUAGAGGUCAAAUGGCAGCGCUACACACGGAGGAACUCUUGGACGCCAUCUCUGGAGGAGAAUUCAGCUUUCCUGCUUCGCAUUGGCAUCACAUCUCCAGCGGGGCCAAGGACUUUAUCACACGUCUCCUUGUUCGCGCCGAAGACCGGUUGACUGCGCGGCAAGUUUUGAUGCAUCCAUGGAUUCGUCAUGACCCCCCAGCCAUUGCUCUCAAGACGCCAGAGAUUCUGCGCGACCGGCAGCGCCGCAAUACCCUUGAUCAAUUUGCAGAUGCAGCCAAUGCAACACACCGGCGCAUGAACGUGAGCAGCGAGAGCCUGAAACUUUGCCACCCAACCAAGAGCACCAUCAGCCAGCGACGUCGGUCCUCGCGUCACGUUGUUGCUCGAGCUUUCAAUGAGAUUCGUGAGAACGAUCUUGACGAACUUGUGACGCCCAGCUUCCGGGACUGA